GAAAAAAUUGGCAGAUUGGGAGAGAGAGAGGUAGUAGAAGAGGGAGAGAGGCAUUUCGAAAUAAAUAGGGUGGUGGGGAUGACUUAAUAGGGUUCUGAAUAGUUACUUCUGUCUCUUGUUUCUCACUAUAACGAAACACAACUUCACCAAGAAGACUCUAGAAACCUCCUCCUCAAACGUAUAUACCCCUUUGCCUAUAUAUACUUAUAUGCAAGGAGAGAGAAAGCAGAGCUGCAUAUAAUGGGGAAGACAAGGUGUUUUCUUGAUAUUAGUAUCGGAGGAGAGCUCGAAGGCAGGAUAGUGGUGGAGCUAUAUGACGAUGUGGUGCCCAAAACCGCCGAAAAUUUCAGGGCUCUUUGUACCGGAGAGAAGGGCAUUGGUCCCAACACUGGUGUCCCACUCCACUACAAGGGAGUUCGUUUUCAUAGAGUUAUCAAGGGCUUUAUGGUUCAGUGUGGGGAUAUUUCAGCGGGAGAUGGUACUGGGGGAGAAUCUAUCUACGGCUUGAAAUUUGAAGAUGAGAAUUUCGAAGUGAAACAUGAGAGGAAGGGGAUGUUGUCAAUGGCUAACUCUGGUCCAGACACAAAUGGCUCUCAGUUUUUCAUCACAACAACUCGCACUUCUCAUUUGGAUGGGAAACAUGUUGUUUUUGGGAAGGUAACUAAAGGAAUGGGGGUCGUACGGUCAAUUGAGCACAUUACAAUUGGUGAGGGAGAUUGUCCAACUGCUGAGGCCAUCAUUGCAGACUGUGGGGAGAUUCCCGAGGGGGAGGAUGAUGGAAUCUGUAAUUUUUUCAAUGAUGGUGACAUAUAUCCUGACUGGCCAGCUGAUCUCGAUGAGAGUCCUAGUGACUUGUCAUGGUGGAUGACUGCCGUUGAAGCAGUUAAGGCCUUUGGUAAUGACUCAUACAAGAAACAAGACUUUAAGAUGGCUCUUAAAAAGUAUAGGAAGGCCUUGCGUUACCUGGAUAUAUGUUGGGAAAAAGAUGGCAUUGAUGAAGGGAGGAGUUCGUCUUUGAGAAAGACAAAGUCGCAGAUUUUUACAAACAGCUCUGCCUGUAAGCUGAAAUUAGGAGAUCUGAAAGGAGCACUAUUAGACACCGAUUUUGCAAUGCGCGAUGGAGAGAAUAAUGUGAAAGCUCUGUUUCGCCAAGGUCAGGCUUACAUGGCCCUUAAUGACAUUGAUUCUGCAGUUGAAAGCUUCAAGAAGGCAAUAGAUUUGGAGCCAAAUGAUGCUGGAAUAAAAAAAGAACUCGCCAUUGCUAAGAAGAGGAUUGCUGAUAGGCGCGAUCUGGAGAGAAAAGCAUACAGCAAAAUGUUUCAAUAGCAUUUUAGCAGGAAAACCGGCUGCCCACAAAUUCAGAGAAUGUAUCAGAUUUCAUGAACUUAAUAGUUAGAGUCAAGUGGUUCAGGCUUUUUUGGCUACUACCCACAUUCUGGAGGAGAUUAAGGUAAUAAAUUGUUAAGAAUAGUCUACAUCAUUGUUCUCGAAUGAUUUAGCUGUGGUUUUCUUUCAAGCAAUUAGGUCUUUGUUUCUUGUUAUGGCCAUACUUACCAAUGCUCUUUUUGGUUUUUUUGGUAGGUUUUUUUUUAAUAUGAAUGGAGAACAAACCGCUCCCCACAGGAUAUAUACAAACUGUAAAAAUUCUGAGGCUUGAACCAAAUCUGAUAGAGUUCUAGUUCGUUUUUGUUCAUCUCUUCAUGUGGGAAGUCUUUUCUAGCUUAGAGAAACUUGUUAACUUUUACUGGAUUAUUAUAAAUCAAGAAUUUUGUCAUAUUCCAUUUGGGAAAGGAUUUUGGGUAUAUAGUGUGAAAUUUUGAUUU